GCAGAACAGGCGGCGCCCCCAGCGGCCGCGGAGCCAUGGACGGCAGCGGGCCCUUCGGCUGCCCCAUCUGCCUGGAGCCGCUCCGGGAGCCGGUGACGCUGCCCUGCGGCCACAACUUCUGUCUGGCCUGCCUGGGCGCGCUGUGGCCGCACCGUGGAGCAGGCAGCGCCGGCGGGCCCGGAGGCGCGGCCCGCUGUCCGCUGUGCCAGGAGCCCUUCCCCGACGGCCUGCAGCUCCGCAAGAACCACACGCUGUCCGAGCUGCUGCAGCUCCGCCAGGGCUCGGGCUCCGGGCCCGGGCCCGGCCCGGUCCCCGCCCCAGCCCCGGGCCGGACUCCGACCCCGGAGCCCUCGGCGCCCAGCGCGCCGCCCAGCGCCCCGGAGCCCUCGGCUCCCUGCGCGCCCGAGCCGUGGCCCGCGGGCGAAGAGCCAGUGCGCUGCGACGCGUGCCCCGAGGGCGCCGCCCUGCCCGCCGCGCUCUCCUGCCUCUCCUGCCUCGCCUCCUUCUGCCCCGCGCACCUGGGCCCGCACGAGCGCAGCCCCGCGCUGCGCGGGCACCGCCUGGUGCCGCCGCUGCGCCGACUGGAGGAGAGCCUGUGUCCGCGCCACCUGCGGCCGCUCGAGCGCUACUGCCGCGCCGAGCGCUUGUGCCUGUGCGAGGCCUGCGCCGCCCAGGAGCACCGCGGCCACGAGCUGGUGGCGCUGGAGCAGGAGCGCGCGCUCCAGGAGGCCGAGCAGCCCAAAGUCUUGAGUGCCGUGGAGGACCGCAUGGAUGAGCUGGGGGCCAGCAUCGCACAGUCCCGGCGCACAGUGGCCCUCAUUAAGAGUGCAGCCGCGGCAGAGCGGGACAGGGUGAGCCAGCUGUUUGCCGAGGCUGUGGCCACCCUGCAGGGCUUCCAGACCCAGGUGUUGGGCUUCAUCCAGGAGGGGGAGGCCGCUAUGCUGAGCCACUCCCAGGGCAAUCUGCAGCGACAGGAGGAACAGCGCAGCCACCUAAGCCGUGCCCGCCACAACCUCAGUCAGGUCCCUGAAGCCGAUUCAGUCAGCUUCCUGCAGGAGCUCCUGGCACUAAGGCUGGCCCUGGAGGAGGGGUGUGGCCCUGGGCCUGGCCCCCCAAGGGAGCUCAGCUUCACCAAGUCAUCCCAAGUUGUCCGGGUGGUGAGAGACGUGCUGGCAGAGGCCUGCACCAGACAUUGGGAGCAGCUGCGGGGGCCGGGCAGUGAUGAAGACGGGCUGCAGAAGCUGGGAUCAGAAGUUGAUGCCGAGUCCCUGGACCCCGACAGCACCAACCAUCUGGAGAGUGAAGCUCCCCGAGACUAUUUCCUCAAGUUUGCCUACAUCGUGGACUUGGACAGUGACACCGCAGACAAGUUCCUGCAGCUGUUUGGAACCAAAGGUGUCAAGAGGGUGCUGUGUCCUAUCAACUAUCCUGAGUCACCCACCCGCUUCACCCACUGUGAGCAGGUGCUGGGUGAGGGCGCCCUGGACCGGGGCACCUACUACUGGGAAGUGGAGAUCAUCGAAGGCUGGGUCAGCGUGGGGGUCAUGGCUGAAGGCUUCUCCCCGCAAGAGCCCUACGACCGGGGCCGACUGGGCCGCAAUGCACACUCCUGCUGCCUGCAGUGGAACGGACGCAGCUUUUCUGUCUGGUUCCACGGGCUGGAGGCGCCCCUGCCCCAUCCCUUCUCGCCCACGGUCGGGAUCUGCCUGGAAUACGCCGACCGUGCCCUGGCCUUCUAUGCCGUGCGCGAUGGCAAGGUGAGCCUUCUGCGGAGGCUGAAGGCCUCCCGGACCCGGCGGAGCAGCGCCCUGGCCUCCCCCACUGACGCCUUCCAGAGCCGCCUGGACAGCCACUUUGCGGGGCUCUUCGCCCACAGGCUCAAGCCUGCCUUCUUCCUGGAGAGCGUGGACGCCCAUCUGCAGAUCGGGCCCCUCAAGAAGUCCUGCAUAUCCGUGCUGAAGAGGAGGUGAUGCCGGGCACAGGCUUCCCCUGCGGUGGUCUCAGCUCCCGGGAAGCCUGAUCCUCCGGGCCCUACUUGCCCCGGGCAAGGCUUUAGGGUCGCACACACUCCCAGCCUUCUCAUUUCUAGAAGCCUCUACCUUCCAGACACUUGGCCUUCCACCUCUCAGGGAGGAGGCCCUCUAGACCCUGUACCUCUGCAGGCCUUGUUUUGGGGAGAGCCAGCUCCAGCUGAGACAGAUCCAGGCCACCCCAACACCUCCUUAUCCAGGUUUCUAGAACAGUGUCUGGAAUGUAGUAGGUGCGCAAUAAAUAUCUGAAUGAAUGGUU